UGACCUUCAUGAGAUUUCGGUACCAUCGACCGCCAGGAAGCGCUGCUAUCGGUUAUCUGCGAAGUGGUAAUUAGCAUUUCCGGUCAUCUUGCCGUUGUACAAGUAUUUCUGAUCAUCUUAUGUGAGCUUGUGUAUCGCGACCAGUAGUGAACUUUGCGUAUAGGUAUUCCGGAUCUCUUCACUUGCCCUAGAAAGAUCGACAACAGUGCUCAAGAAAUCCGCAUUUGACUUGACGACGGGGUUAUCUUUUCCAUACGAUCGAAUAUCGCGUUAGUUUUGAGGGAGUGAAAAAUAACCGAAGGCAAACCCGAGACUCUAUUUCAUCUGAAUUUUCACGCGCAUAUACCCACCAUGUCCCUGUUUGGAUCCUUGAUGGGCGAUUUUGAAGAGGAUCCCAUCAUCGGGACUCACAUGCGAUCUAUGCGACAUAUGAACAACAUGAUGAACUCGCUCUUUAGCGAUCCCUUUGGUAUGAUGGGUGGACCCGCUCCACUUACUGGGUCAAAUCAUCACCGGGUAAAUUCUCGUCAUAACGAAAUGCAAAUGAUGCCGUUUGGCUUUCCCCCGAUGCCUGCUUUCAACAUGAACCGUGUUUUUGCAGAUUAUGGAAACAUGGGUCCAAACAACGGAAAUUGUCACUCUUUCAUGAGUAGCUCUGUCAUGACUAUGACCAGUGGUCCAGAUGGCAGACCACAGGUGUAUCAAGCAUCAUCUUCAACAAGAACUGCACCUGGUGGAGUUAAAGAGACUAAGAAAACUGUCUGCGACUCUCGUACAGGUACAAAAAAGAUGGCAAUUGGUCAUCAUAUUGGUGAACGAGCUCAUAUCUAUGAACGAGAGCAGAAUGUUCAUAAUGGUGAUGAAGAAGAACGUCAAGAAUAUAUAAAUCUUGAAGAAGAAGAAGCCGAAGAUUUCAACCAGGAAUGGGAGACUCGUACUAAGCAUGCUGUUGGCGCAGUGGAUCACCACACUCAUGGACCUGCUGGCUAUGCUGUAUCUCGGCACAGAAACCGUCGUGAACAUAGUCCUCUGGCUUUGCCGGCACCAACAGCAAGCCGACUAUCUAGUCGUUCCAGGUGGGCACCUUCUCCAAGGCGAGGUUUGAGAACCUCAUAUUCUCCAAAGCCCAGCAGUUUAUUAUCCACAUCACGCACCAGUAGAUCAGAAACUACAUCAACAGAAACUAAAGUGACGCAGCCUCCAUCAACCUCACCUGCUGGUUUAGGAAGUCGCAAGCGUGAUCAUAGUCCAGAGAAAGAGAGCAGUCAUAAACGACUCUCCAAUUCAGAUUCCACUGCUUGAAGACACCUUAGACAGACGAAAUGCCACAGCUCAUUUUAUUUACAUGGUAAAAUAUCGGUAUGAUUCAUUAUCAUUCCUAUUAAAAGUUAUUUUCACUGCACCAAAAUUAAUCAAGGAUUCCUCAAUCGGUCCAAACAAAGAUAUCUGUUUCUGACGUUUAAAUGUUGCUAAGUUUUAAUUAGUUUUAAACUUCUCAAACUACAAAUUUGUUCACCAUGGGUGGUUGAUGUAUUUUAAAGCUUAGACUAGUGACAUAUAUUAUGUGUCGAGCUUCAGCUUACAAUAUCAGAUAUUAUUAUUUACACAUAAACCGUACAUAGAUUUUGGCAUGUUUGAUUUCACAAUACAACUGGAAAUUUUCCUUUGUAUAAAGUCUAGUUAUCAAGUACCGAGAUUUUACUGUACUAUCAUUGGCUAUGAGACUGUCCCAUUUUAUGUCAACGAUCUAGAUGUUAUAUUUAAAAUAAUCAUGGAUUCAAGGCUUACAAAACCGGGUAGUAUUUAUACCUAUAUAUACAUAUUAUAUAUAUAUAUAUAUACACAAUUACAGAUCGGUGAUGUUAUCAGAUGCAACAAUGUUGUGCUGUUAUUGCUCAUUAAGCAUCUAAUAUUUUUUGAGCCACAGCCAAAACUCAAGAGUUCGAGGUUGUAGAAGUGAAUCUUUAUUAAAGUACAAGGUAGUUCUUUAAUUUUCUAUAUAAGAUUAAAUAUAUUUGUGUGGAUGUGGGAUAUUUAAUGCGAUAGAAGUACAACCAUUUUCAUUUCAAUUUUCGGAGUAGAUUUUAGUUUAAAAAUCGCAGGAAUGAUUUUUUUUUUCUCUAAUUUUAAUAGUCCUCAAUCGAACGAAGAUGCUCGUUUUUGUGGAGAGAUUUUAUUCCACCAAUUAUUGUCAUUUUUUCAACCUUCUUUUUCCGCAUAGACAUUAUUUUGCAUUUUUUCUUCUAUUUAUAAUAUGAUGCCUCCGAUAUCACCGGAGAAUAAAUAAUUAGCGAUACGAUGAUAUUGCCCUGUGACGAAACCUCACCGUAAAUUAACUAUAUGUGCUACAAUUUAAAUCCGACAGUUGUAUUCGAAUCAUAACUGCACGCUAAAGACGGUCAUUAUGAACACGUGUACGCAAACUGCUUAAUAAAUGAAUAUAGAGUAACUCUAGUUUAGAUGAUUCCAAUACAUAAUUGAAGUAUACCGUAGAUUGUAAUAUAAUAAAUAUUCUGAAUUUCUUAGAAGUCGUAGGACGAUAAGAGGACAGUUACAGUUGUACGGAAUUUCAGGAUAUAUUUUGGGACAGGAUCUCGAUGACAAAAUAAUGACAUCAUAGCUUUUAGAGUGCUUUAAUUCUGAUUUAUUUGAAACUGAACCAAGCAGAGAAAUCUGUCGUUACAAUUUAGUGUACUGACAAAAGUAAAAUUGUAAAGUGUGGUAUAAAAUAAAUAUAUAUUGUAUCCCAUCAUAACAAUACUAUUCCGAUCAUAUUAUGCCUAUGGAUUAGAUAAGAAAGAAGUAGGUAUGCUAUUUAGUUAGUUUUCGAUACAUUCAAUGCAAAUGUUAUCAACUGUUAUAUUUUUGUUUGCUGCAUUUUUUACUUAGUUUUAUUUCACGUCAUUUAACUUCAGUAAAGAUGAAUUGUUUCGUUGUAAACAUUUUUUGUCAGGGUCCAUCUUUUUGUUUUUUCGGUCACGAUUAAACUUUAUCCCACACUUGAAUUGCUAAAAUUUCACUGUCAAUUAAGCCGUUCAUUUGGAGGAUAAAUUUCAAUUUUGUGGCAAAACAAAACUGCCGUUAGACUGACGGACGUUGUUUUGGUAUAUUUAUAUCACGGCCAAUGACAACAGUGUCAUUGUAAAUAUUAUUCGAUAACAGUUAACAUUUCCAUUGAACAAUGAAAUUUCACAAAAUAAAAUACAAUAAAGAAAAUUAAACUACCCCAACCGAAGUGCAAAGCCUACAUAUUAUAAACAAGUGUUAAUGAAAGAAAAUAAGUGUGACUCAGUCUCUGACUGGUUUGCGGACAUUGUUUAAAAGAAUUUGUAUAAUGAAACAAUAGUAAAUAAUAAAAAAAGAACAAAAGAGGAAA